AUGGAUAGUUACUGGAAAUUCAAGACUUUUGGGAGUGAUCCGACGCGAGAAAGUGAUAGAGACAUGAACUCAAGUUUAGGUGUUGGGUUUCAGCUUCAUGGCUCAAAUUUGCAUCGAAAUGUGAAUGGUUUUACGUCAACAUGCCAACCGCAACAACCUAUCAUGACUAAACCACAUGGUACUUAUGGUUAUGGACCACAAAUCGGAUUCUUAAGUGGUCAGGUUAAUACUCAUGGUUUCAUGGGAAAUGGAGAACAAAGUCUUCAAGGAAAAAACAUAAAUUUCGUCCCAACCGUUGCAGCAUUUCCAUUACUAGAUGGAAUAAGGAAGAAUAAUAGUGAUUCUUCAUUAAUCUCACCAUCUACAUACAUUUUUAACGGUGGUAAUAUUGUGAGAGAUAGGAAGAGGAAUAAUGCGAUCGCAAUGGAGAAGAAAGUCGAUGACAAAAUACAAAGGAGAAAGAUAAAGAACCGAGAAUCAGCAGCGAGAUCACGGGCUCGGAAGGAGGCUCAUACUAUGGAGCUUAAGGCUGAAGUUGAAAAGUUAAAGAAAGAGAAUCAAGAACUACUAAGUAAACAGGCAGAGAUGUCGAACAUGCAAACCACACCGGGGAUGAUUAACCUUCAAGGACGACCCGAGAGAAAGCUGAGGAGAACGCAAUCGGACAUCAAGUGA